UUGCAGUAGAGAGAGAGAGAGCUAGGGGGAGGAGAAAUGGGAGAUCGUGAUAUAUUCGAAGGACUUCCACCGCCUUCCGCGCCUGCGCCGGCGCCGGUUCCGGCGACGGCGCCACUAGCUGCCGCCAAGGAAGCUUCUACCGUCCCACCUCCUCCGCCUCUUAAAAGCGCACUCAAGCGCAGAAGUUCUCCUGAAUCUCGACCUGAAGGUGUAGCAUCAGGAAAGCGAUUGAGGUUCAAGACGACAACAGAUGCAUCAGAAACACAAGUUAUACAGGCCAUGGAGAAAAUAACCUCACACAUUAAUAAUCCAACUAAAUUUUCCAAGGCAUCAAAGCUUGCUAUACAACUUAUACAGGCGGGAAGUGUGAAGCCUGCGACUAGUGAUUGUUUCUUUGCAAUCCUUGAAGCUGCGAUGUCUUCGCCAACUGCUUGUAAUGCUGUUUCAGUAAGAGCGGAUUAUCAUGCACUAUUCUCAGCAGCACAGGGUGCAGACGUUUUUUUCAGUAAGAAGCAGAGAAAUCAGUUAGCUGCAUGGACAAUAAGAGCUGUGGUGGCAAAUGAUUUGUACACUGACGACAGCUUUGUGUUCUCAAAAGCUACUGGAAGAAUGAAAGAAGCUAUAUCUAAUCUUCCUAUAGCUUCUAAGGAUGAGGAUAUGAAAGAAACUGCUAUAGAGAAGCAGGAAGCAGAUGUGCCUGACAUAACCUCUAUCACUACUUCCAGCGGAAAUGAAAACGAAGAAUCUGAUCCAUUCGGCCUUGAUUCUCUUAUUCCUAGUAGUAGAACAUCGAAGAAAGAUGAAAGAAGCAAGGAAAAGAAAAUCAACGAGGAAGAGGAAGCAACCAUGUUGUUUCUCAAAUCACAAAGAGCAGCCUUGAUGCUUUGCUUGGAGAUUGCUGCACGACGUUAUAAAACUCCAUGGUGUCAAACAUCUAUCGAUAUCCUGGUAAAGCAUGCUUUUGAUAACAGAGUGAGGUUCACAGCAAAUCAAAGAGAUGCCAUUGAGAAACUUUGGGUGUCGAUACAUGAACAACAAACUCGUAGGAAGCAGGGAAAGUCGGUUUCUGGAAAACUAGAUGUAAACGGGUUCGAACUUCUCCAACAGAAAUACGCAAACGAGAAGAUCAGCAUUCGGCACUCUGUAGGAGGGAGCGGGGAUCGUCAAGCCCAGCAAUGGCUUGGUUAAUGCUAGUUUCAUGUUGUUGUUCUUUUUAUGUUAUGUGAAUCACUAGUUGCUUGAUGGGUUUGGGAAUGAAUUGUGUGCCUAUCUAUUUCUUCCAGUGUAGUAUUCAAGACAUUAACAAUGUUGAUUUUAUGUUGUUCAUGGGGAAUUUGUCUAUUAUGAUUUAUGUUAGUGAGACUUUCUACCUUA